AUGUCCCGCGACGCACACCCAACCCACCUCCACCUGCACGCCUCCCACCACGCCGACCUCUUCGAAGAAUUCUGCCGCCCCCCAUCCUCCUACCCCGCCACCUCGAACACCAACAACUCCCAUACGCAUGCCCACCGCUCGUCCCUCACCAAUACGCCACACCAUCCGAUGAACCUCAUCGGCCCACCAACGCACUUUCCUCCUACCACAACCAAUGGGCCUGGAGGCGGUGGCUCAACAGACCACGGACAGGCGAACCUACCUGGACACUUCUUGCCGUAUGAUCCGAUACCGUUGCCCAGGCAUUUGGAGCCGGUGAACCCGGAGGAUGAGGAUGGGUUGGUGCCAGAUCAGCAUGCUGCUUUUGGGAUUUUGCGGGCCAGAGGUGGGGACUUGGGCGCUAAUGGAGUCGGCGGAGUGAACAGCGAAGGCGGUGGCAUGGGCGCAGUGGCCAAUACAAAUGGGGAGGGGGUCUGGCGGGACCUGGGGCUUGAGCGAGUUUUGGGUGGUGGUGGAGAUGGUGGCGGGAGGAGUGAAGCAGGUGAAGGAAUGAUGGGAGAGGACAGUGCUGGCAUGCGGAGCGGCGGUGCGGUGCAAGGUGGCACGGCAGUUGCAGGUGGGUGGAACGGUGUGCGUAGGGUUGUGCCGGGUAUGGUGAGUAGUGGAAGAGGCGGGUUGCGGAGGGAAGGGUUUGCGAGGAGAAGAGGUGGCGGUGGAGUUGGGUUGGGAGCUGGCAUCCGGUGA